AUGGCGGGCCGCACCCCAGGUGAGUCUGGCGACUUGGAUCGCCCGAUUUCGCGAGUGGCAACUCCCGUCUACUCCGAGGAUGGACAUUCCCAGGACAACAACCGGGGCACCAUGCCCGUGAAGCUACCCAAGGUAUCCUUUGAGGAGUUGGCCGUUCGUUAUCGUCAAAACCAGCACAAGCAGACUAGUCGGAAGAGAUUGGAACACCGCCUGCAUGCCCUCAAGGUUUCAAUGGGUGUUUCGGCGCGCUUCGUCCGCGUCGGGUCGAUCGUCCAGCGAGGCUUGGUGGACCGACUCAAACAUGACGACAAGGCCAGUUUCAUUGCCCUUUAUCAUACCCUCGGUGAUCUGCAGGAGUCAUGCGAGUCUGCUUUUCGGCGCCACUUUCACCGGCAGGAUCCGUUGGAAGAAUGGUCGCCCAUCCGUGAGUCCGCCGUGGACCGUUCUCCGGACUUUUUCCUUCAGUUGAGUCCCCAAUCUAGGACCGAUCUUUUGGAUAUCCUGCACCUGGUCCGCACCGACCCUCAAUUUAUUCUGGAAAGGCUCAGGUCCUUGACCCCGACCCAAUUGGCCGCCUUGGUGUCAUCUACGGGCCCCUCAGGGGAGCCCGGUGAUAUGUCGUUCCCUUCAACGUCCCGUUCCCGGACCCAUUCCUCGUUGUCGAAGCGCUCCGCUUCUUCCCUUCUUUUUAAAGAUCGAGCCUUGAAUUUCGAGCGAACGGAUCCCCUGUCCACGGUGCUGUUCAACGUUUAUGCGUCCCCAUUGGAUUCAGAUGCUCCUGAAGCACAGCUCCGUUUGGAUGUUUGGUCCUCCGUCUGUGCCAAACUCAUAGCCGAUGGCGGUAACAAGUACGAUCCCCUCCUGGGCCACAUCCUGGGUUCCUGGGCCACAAGCAGUGAAUGGAAAGCGAAGCCCAAGUUUGAGCUCUAUCUUAUGGACGUCCUACAAACAGGCUCAUUCCUCCUGGAGCAUGUAGAAGCCCCUCCCGGCAUGAGCUAUGGUGCGGAGCCUCCAGACCCGUUAAGGACAGAGGUGGCCGAAGAAUUCUUCGCUUCUGCAGUCGAUGACUUGUUCCAGCUCCUGGAUGACCCAGAUGGAGGGCUUCCCCAUGGGGUGAUGCAACUAAGCAACGCUGUCUUGCAGAAAUUGGACCGCCAGGACGGCCGUGCCCGUUUCCUCGAGUUCUUGUUCGUCCAGUGGUUCUUCUCCAAGUUCCUCUAUGGUGCACUGACCUAUCCUGAGGCCCAUGGUCUCUUGCUUGAUUUCCAUAUCAGGAAUGACGCUCGAGAGAAACUCCUAGGACAGGUUGGCUUCCGUGCUUAUUCGCAAGUCUACGCUAUUCUUCAUUCAAUGCACCAUUAUUCUAUGGUUCGUUCCGCCGUGAGACGACAUGUUGAGAACAUGCUCUGCCGAUUCAGUAAUACAAAGUCUGACAAGAACGUUGACGUCCAAUCCUUUUCACGCGCGAAGCCUACCACUGGACGGGAAUCCCCGGCUGCAUUCCUCAUGCUCUCAGCUACUGAUAUCCUCACGCUGCUGAAUGCUCUCUUCCCUAGGACGCUUGCUUCUGCGUGCAGCUCUCCACUUUCAUCCUCGGGGGUGCCUUCGCCUGUCGGUUCUCUGGCCGCUCGAUCAGACCGCUCUAUAGCGUCCAUCAUUGAGCCAGGGUUUUUCAAGCCUGUUACUGACAGCAUCCCUAUUCGUGUUCCCCAGGACCGGACUAUCUUUGCCACCGAAAUGGCCUUCUUGUCAUCACCGGAGAAUUGCAUGAGCCGCAAUGCUGACAGGAUCCGUUUCGAAUUGUCAGACCUGAGUGAGCCCGAUGGCCGCACCACCCUGGAGCCGCCCGCAGGUGAAGAAUGGACUAUUUUCUCCAUGACACAGAACGGAAGACGUUUGACCUGGGGUCUUUUCCCCGAUACUGGACAGUUUAGCUUUCCGGAAAAUGCCUCUGUGGAUGACGUCCAGCCCACCACCUUGGGAAUGGAAGAUAACUUUGAAGCUCUCCAAACGGCCAUCGUGAAGCUGAUUCAGGAUCACCCUGCUGAUGAUGGUGCGGAGUAUGACUUACUAGAUCUCCAUGACUCUUCCCGGGGAGGCGUGCUAUCUCUUAAACAACGGUUCGAUAUGGCUAUGAAGCAUUGCCACCAUGACUCGGAUUUCAUCGGUGCCCACUACUGGUGGAAUGCCGGUCGACAGCUUCUUCGCAGCGUUGCGAAUUCUCCCUCCCGGCUGGCGGACGAUUCGUGGAUUCUCGAACCGAUGCACGCUUCUUGCGUCCGCUCACUUGCCACUUCACGGGCGGUUAUCGAUCGAUGCGAAACCGAUUUCGUUGCCCUCAACAGACACAUGCAACGGCUGCAGAGGGCCGUGAAGGACACGAUGGCUACGAUGGCCAAGCUCCGAGACAAGAUGUGGUACAUGACUGACGUAAAGAACUCUAUGAGAUACGAGGAUGCCAAAAAUGUUGCGCUGGCGUUGAAGACCAUGGCUCGUUCUGCCAACCCGACACCAAACGAAGGCCGGUCCCGCAGCAGACCGUUUGGAAGCUCUCUCCUCCAAAAACCGGAGCUACAAGUCAUGAACAUCAUGAAGGCACCAAGCAGUCAGGGACCCAACAAACUCUCGGAUGAACAGGUAGACCUGAUCCGCAAAUGGCUCUCCCACAACACCAUCGAUAAUUUCUGCAAAGGUGAGGAGCGAAUUCACCGGUUCUGCUACGAGGUCAAGACAAGUAUCAAUCGGCUAGUCGGCGAGACCAUGGCCGAAACCCCCGUGUUGUGGGCGAGCGAGUUGUAUCACAAAGAGCGGGCAAUGUAUGAGGGCUCCAGUAACCGAAAUUUCUUGAGCCUCUCCUCAAGCUUACGACCGUUCAACGUCUCGAGCGACGACUCCGCAUACUCAUCCCAGACCCAUGCAAAUACCGCUCGCCCACCAAACACCGUGUCCAAGUUCUCACAAGACUUACCGCCGCUGAACCCCAAAUCCUCUUUCCAAAGCUUGAUCUCAGAUAAGUGGAGGGGUCCUCGAGAACCCUCGAUUGCGGACGCAUCUUCCAUCGGCGGCUCUCCGGGGAGAGCUGCGUCUACUACUACGGGCGAUUCGUACAGCACAUUUUGGUCGACGCCACAUCAACCCGCACAUUAUGCACCCAGUGCCUCUAGCCUCUACUCUCGACCACCUUCGAUGUUUAGCGACAACGGCGCUCAGCCGUCCCGUCGCAAUGGUCGCAAGGCGCAUAGCAAAAUGGCUUUCCUGGAAGACCUGAAACAGACUCUGACGAGUUUGCUCUUAAGUGACCUCGGCUCCCCGGUGUGGAGCUGUGGGAGUGAAACUGAUGCUUGGUUCGGAGGGAAGCUGACGGACGAGAGAAUCCAAACACAGAUGAGGAAGCGAGCUCGCAUUCAGCAAUUCUACGCCGAGAGUGACGAGCGGUUAGUCCACCAUACCAUUAAUCGUACACCAUCCGACCGUCGGCGAAGCAGAUCUCUAGAGCCAUCAGAUCGCGCAACGCCUGGAGACGCCGAAAACGCGUGUCCAUCUACCACUGAAAAUCCUAUGGAGCCAAAUGACACGCACCAAUUCUCCUACGACUCUGUCUUCCGGCGCCUGCUUGAGGUCUUCUCGCGGCACGGGAAUCCUUGCGUCAAGUUGAAGGCGCUGCGGGACCUGCGGGCUCUAGUCGUUGCAUCCUUGAAUUCCGAGAAUGAUGACGCAUGCCAUUUCAAUGCGACUGAACCCCCUCGUCCACGAGGUCGUACUCCAGGAUCUCGUGUCAAAAGAAGUGCUCGUCAUAGCUUUUCGGAAUCUCAGGCCAAGCGGAGUCACGGCCAGGACAUCUCUCAUACUCCAACCUCACCUGCCGCCGAGUCUGUCAUCUUUGAUUCUCGGCCUUCCGACUACUGUGCACCCACCGAGAACCAGAUUGUGGAUGCUCUGCGUAGCCUCCUCAUGGAGGUGAAACCAAAGACCCUCUUCCGUGAUCUGCAGUUUAUCUCGGCAUUUGUUCCAGGGGAGACCCUGAACAAGACUGACAGCGGGACUGCAUUCUUGCAGUUUGGCUUGGCAGCCUUGAGCCUCAAAGACGAGGUCUGUAAUAGCAUGGUCGAGAUCGCCGAUAACAUUGUAUCUCAGGAAUUCAGCCGGCGCCAUCUGCCUGGGUCGGAGCAAGCUCCUCGACCGGGAAACACUCUUUUAGAUGCCGCCAAAAUGUGGAUCAUCACGGCCAAGGAAGGCAAUCCAGUUGCCCAACGGGAACUGGCCAUUCUCUACCUCACUCAUCCUGAACUCCUCCCGCCUGUGACGCUACCCCUCACUCUGAUGCGAGACACAUAUAAAGCGGAGAUGAUGUAUCGCCGCGAUAAGGACUCCAAGUCCGACCCGCAGAGCAUGUGUCUGGCACUGCACUGGAUGCAGCUGUCGGCCAACGGCGGGGACGAACUCGCGCGAAACCGGCUUCGUGAGCGGGAAGAGUUCGAGUCUAUUGCAUAA